UUUUGAACACUUACACACUGUAGCACUGUCUUCCUCCUCUCGAUAACGCCAGUCGGUGUGUGUCAGGCGAGUGGGUGGAAGCGACGCUGUGGACGCUCUGGAGAGUCAGGAGAGUCGGAGAGGAAAGCUGAGACCUACAAACCACGCCUUCGCCAUCGCCCUUAGUCCAGGAUGGCGACAUCGAACAAAAUGCGGUGGACGGUGGCCAUCGGCGGGGGCAUCCUGGCCAUGGCCGUCCUCAUAGGGGGGGCGGUCUGGGGCUACCUGGCCAAGCCUCCUCCUGACGAUCUCUUCAGGCUCCCGACGGAUCUGAAGCCGGUCCAUUACGAGGUCAGACUCCAGCCUUUCCUGAGCGGGAACUUCAGCGUGUUGGGUCACGUGGACAUCGAGCUGAAGGCGCUGACGGAGGCUUACAGUAUCACGCUGCAUGUGGCUGACAUCGAUAUAAAUACUGGCACUAUACGGGUCGCUCCACCCAACUCAACGACAGAAACUGGGUUCGAAAUUUUGGAAACGGCAACCGACACAAAUCUCGACCUUUUCGUGGUGCACUUGAAACAAAGACUCCUCGAGGGUGAGAGUUACAUCUUGUCCUUGGACUUCGAGGGUCACCUCAACGACGAGCUGAGGGGCUUCUACAGGUCGUCGUAUAAGGAUGAGGCUGGGGACGACAGGAUGCUCGCCGCCACCUUCUUCGCGCCCGCCCACGCCCGCAGAGCCUUCCCGUGUAUGGACGAGCCCGCCCUCAAGGCCACCUUCUCGAUCUCUCUCGCCCACGAGGACCGCCUGCACGCCCUCUCCAACAUGCCGCUCAGGGACUCCGAGCCAGUAGAGGGGCAGGCGGGGUGGGUGUGGGACCACUUCGAGACGUCGGCGCCCAUGUCCACGUACCUCGUCGCCUUCGUCAUCUCGGACUUCAAGAGCAAGUCGGAUGGAGUUCGCUUUUCGACGUGGGCGAGGGAGGCCGCCCUCGAGCAGGUGGACUACGCCCUUGAGACCGGCCCUAAGGCGUUGUCCUUCUUCGAGGAUUACUUCGGCAUCCCUUACCCUCUUCCCAAGGAGGACAUGGUCGCCUUGCCGGACUUCGCUCCCGGGGCCAUGGAGAACUGGGGCCUCAUCACGUACAGGGAGACGGCCAUGCUGUAUUCCCCCGAAGAGUCCUCCGCCUCGAACAAGCAGCGGGUGGCUACGGUUGUGGUCCACGAGCUCGCCCACCAGUGGUUCGGAAACCUCGUGACGCCGACCUGGUGGACCGACGUCUGGCUCAACGAGGGUUUUGCGUCCUUCAUGGAAUACGUCGGGACGGAACACGUCGAACCGUCCUGGCAAAUGAAAGAACAGUUCGUUGUGUCGGAACUUCAAUACGUUUUCGGGAUCGACAGCCUCGAGUCGUCUCAUCCAAUCAGCGUUCCCGUCGUGAACCAAGAUCAGCUGGGCGAGAUCUAUGACGUCAUUGCUUACGUCAAAGGGGCUUCGAUUAUCCGGAUGAUGAACUAUUACCUGGGCGAAGAAACUUUCAGAAAGGGAAUAUCAAAUUACCUCAAGGCUUUCGAAUACGCCGCGGCCGACCAGGACGACUUGUGGCAGUUCCUGACACAGGCGGCGCACGAGGACGACGCCCUGGCCGCCGAUGUCACUGUGAAGGACAUCAUGGACACGUGGACGCUGCAGACAGGUUACCCGGUCGUCAAGGUGGAGAGGGACGUGACAGGGACGACGGCUCUUGUCAGUCAGGACCGCUUCCUCCUCCUCCCCAACGCCUCCGACCACUCCGACGCCGCCCCCUCCUGGUGGGUGCCCCUCACGAUGACCUCCCAGGACGCCCCCGACUUCACCCGGACGCGCCCCUCGGCCUGGCUGACCCCUGGCACUUCCACGCUCAUCCUCGACGGCCUUCCCUCCGCCGACGCCUGGGUCCUCCUCAACCUGCAGCAGACGGGCUACUUCCGGGUCAACUACGACGCCGGCAACUGGGAGCUCCUGACCAAGCAGCUGGCCGACGCCCACGAGGUCAUCCACGUCACCAACCGCGCGCAGGUCAUGGACGACGCCCUCAACCUCGCCCGCGCAGGCCAGCUUCCCUACGCGACAGCCUUGGGCCUGAACGAGUACUUAUCCAAGGAGACUGAGUACGUGCCGUGGCGAGCGGCGCUUAAUAACCUGGAGUUUCUGGACACGAUGCUCAGCGCCACGGCUGGUUACGGGGCGCUUAGGGUUACAAUACCGCUUCCUUCACCUGCUCAUUCCCUGUACAACUCGGUCGGCUUCGAGGACGACCUUCAAGGACCACAUCUGGACCAGUACAAGCGCGCGAUGGCUCUGAGGUGGACCUGUGGCCUCGGCUAUGUGGACUGCGUGGAUCGGUCGGUCCUCCAGUUUGAGGAGUGGAUUAAUAAUGGAAGUGACGUGUCCCCGAACCUGAAGUCGACGGUGUACUGCAGUGCCAUCGCUGCCGGCGGCGAAGAGGAAUGGGGUGCCGCCUGGGACAUGUACCUGAGUGCCAAUUUGGCGUCAGAGAAGUCCGUGCUCCUCUCGGCACUCGGAUGCACGGAGGAAGUCUGGUUGCUGGCAAGGUGCCUCGACAUGGCCUUCACGGAGGGCAGCGGGAUCCGGAAGCAGGACUCGACCGCCGUCUUCUCCGCCGUCGCCAGCAGCGCCGUCGGCAGAUACGUCGCGUGGAACUUCCUGAGGAGCGAGUGGCGGAGGAUCUCGGAGUAUUACGACACCUUCGCCUCCCUCGGCAGCCUCAUCACCUCCGCCACGGCCAAGUUCAACACCAGAGAGGAGAGGAGGCAGCUGGAAAGUUUCAUCGAGGAAAACCAGGACAGCCUCUCCUCCGUCGCUCGCUCCGUCUCGCAAGCGCUUGAAAACACGAACAACAACAUUGCUUGGAUGGACAGCAACUAUGACGUCAUCGUCCAGUGGCUGAACGACCAUGGAUACGGCCAGUGACGUCAUAGCGGUAGAUAUGACGUCAUGGUGUCGGUGACGGCAGGGGGAAACUCAUGACGUCAGGGUAUUCCUUCAUCUUCAUGACGUCAUUGAAUUGACGACAGGAUUUUAGUGAUGUUUACAUAUAUAUAUAUAUAUAUAUAUA